AUGAACUUCGGAAUCAAGAUGGAUUACUGGAAAUCUCAUCGUACACUUAUAGUUGCUAGAGAUCUCGUAGAGAAUGGAUAUGAGGAGUUACCUUCUUACCUGCACAAGAUUAGAAUGGAAAAUCCUGGGACUUUAGCUCGACUGGAAGUUGAUGCAAACAAUAGAUUUAAGUACUUAUUCCUUGCAUUCAGCGCUAGCAUUACUGUCAUCCCAUUUAUGAGAAAGGUUGUGGUGGUUGUUGGUACUUUCUUGCAAGGAAAAUACAAAGGAACGCUUCUCAUUGCAACAUCACAGGAUGGUAAUUUUCAGAUAUUUCCGAUAACAUUUGCUGUGGUUGACACAGAGAAUGAUGAAUCAUGGACAUGGUUCUUUCGUCAACUCAGCCGUGUGAUACCCGAUGAUGAAGGAUUGGCAUUAAUUUCUGACAGGCACAAGUCAAUAAGGAAGACAAUUUCAAUGGUCUAUCCAUUGGCUAGCACGGGAAUUUGCACGUACCACUUAUAUAAGAACAUCUUGUUACGGUACAGAGGACGUGAUCUGUUUGGUUUGGUCAAAAAAGCUGUGUACUCUUUUAGGUUAGCUGACUUUGAAGCAAGCUUCGAGACGAUUAAAGGGUUAAAUCCAGAUUUACGUGCAUAUUUGGAACUUGCUGAUGUGUGUAAGUGGGCUCGAGCGCAUUUUAGAGGUGAUAGAUAUAACAGCCUUACAAUAACAUAG